UCGUGAUAAACAAUGUCAGCCCAUUCUGGUAAAGGUUCAACCAUCCGGUCCGGUCAAGCUUACAAGGCAGAGUCAAAUGACUAAAAUCGAACAAAUUCGCCACCCGGGACCAUCCUCCGACCGUCCGGCGUCCGGCGUCCGCCGUUUCCGGAUUUACGAAUCAGUAAUCGCCUUUGCCGUCAGAGCUAACCAGAUACAGUUUUUGCAAAGCCAGCAGUUAAACCUGUUGAGUCAAUUCAAUUCUCUCUUUCCGUGAAAGUUCAAAACAGAAGGGGCGGCCAUUAAUAAGACUAAAUGAGCUCAUUUAAGGCAACUACCUACCUAAAGCCGCUCUCUAGUUUUCGCUUACUUCCAGAGACUACAACUUCUUUGAGUUUCAGACACUUAGGGAUUCCGUUUGUAUCUCGUCAGAGAAACCCCUCUUUCUCGAUCUCUCAGUCUCGCUUGUUUUCAAUACCAUCAUCUUGUACAUUCAUGGAGGUGAUCAAAGCAGCUAUUAGGCAGGGAUCUGCAGCACGUGAAAGUAUAGCUGUUAGAGCAGAGCAGAAGAGUUACAGCUACAUUCAACUCAUCUCUUCUGCUUGCAAAAUAUCAAAUCUUUUACGCAAUGAGAGCUCUAAAACUACAUGCCAUGGGAGUAAUAAUAAAAUAUCUCCAGUAUCAGCAGAAGGGGUUAAUCGAAUAGAAGAUCUUGGUGGAGCACGGGUAGGAAUUGUGGCUAAACCUUCAGCUGAAUUCGUUGCUGGGAUGCUUGGGACCUGGCUUAGUGGAGGAGUUGCAGUUCCACUUGCACUCAGCUACCCAGAAGCUGAACUCUUCCAUGUGAUGAAAGACUCGGACGUUUCCAUGCUUCUGAGUACUGAAGAUUAUCAAGAGCUUAUGGAGAAUGUUGCUUCUAAAUGUGCUGCUCAGUUUUCUCUUAUUCCACCAGUUCCCAGUGGUUAUUCCAUUGAAGAAACAGAGGAGAAAGAUCUGUUGAAGGAAAUUGAAAACUCAAAAAUUGUAGAAGGAGAGAAUCCGGCAUUGAUUGUUUACACUAGUGGUACGACUGGUAAACCAAAAGGUGUUGUUCACACACACAAAAGCAUCGCAGCACAGGUUCAGAUGUUGACAGAAGCCUGGGGAUAUACCUCUUCCGAUCAGUUUCUGCAUUGUCUACCCUUACACCAUGUUCAUGGUCUUUUCAAUGCUCUACUUGCGCCUCUUUACGCUGGUGCUUUGGUUGAAUUCAUGCCAAAAUUUAGUGUUAGGGGAAUCUGGCAAAGAUGGCGUGAAUCAUGUCCAAAGGACGGAGUUAAGGUUGAUGAUGCUAUUACUGUGUUCACAGGAGUUCCAACAAUGUAUACUCGAUUGUUACAAGGCUAUGAAGCAAUGGAUCCAAAAUUUCAAUCUCAGUCAGCCUCAGCGGCAAGACAGUUACGCCUAAUGAUGUGUGGCUCCUCAGCACUUCCUUAUCCUAUUAUGCAACAGUGGGAAAGUAUAACAAGUCAUCGCCUUUUGGAACGUUAUGGCAUGACUGAGUUUGUUAUGGCACUUUCUAAUCCCUUACGAGGCAUGCGGAAGGGUGGCACAGUUGGCAAACCACUUCCAGGUGUAGAGGUCAAAAUCCUUGCAGAAGAUGGAAACACAAAUGGUAUAACGGAGGUAGGUGAGCUUUGCGUUAGAAGUCCUUCACUGUUCAAGGAAUACUGGAAACAACCUGAGGUAACAAAGGAAUCAUUUGUUGAUGGUGGAUUCUUCAAGACUGGAGACACUGUUAAGGUGGAUGAAGAUGGAUACUACAUUAUUUUGGGACGUACAAGUGCUGAUAUCUUGAAAGUUGGUGGAUACAAGCUUUCUGCAUUAGAUAUUGAAGCAGUGCUUCUAGAGCAUCCAGCAGUUUCAGAGUGUUGUGUGCUGGGCUUACCAGACAAAGACUAUGGUGAAGCUGUAUGUGCUAUAAUUGUGCCAGAGGCAGCUGCAAAGAGAAGAGGAGAGGAAGACUGUAAGCCAGCCAUAAGCUUGGGAGAACUUCGUACUUGGGCCAAAGAGAAACUUGCACCAUACAAGAUACCAACAAGAUUGUUCUUGUGGGACUCACUUCCUCGAAAUGCCAUGGGGAAGGUGAAUAAGAAAGAACUGAAAAAAUUGCUGGAGUGCUGACAAAUAAACAUUCGAGCCUUGUUCCCGUCUCGGCUCAAAUCCCCCUCUUGAACUUCCAAUCCUCCCGGGGGCUUCUCCUUUCCUAUGCCAAUAAUACAUACUGAUGCUCAAAACGAUUCAAUUGAGAUAAAUUUUCUUGCAAUUUCGCAGAAACAAACUCGUAUAAAUUUGGGCAGACAUUCGAAAUAGAAGCGGAAGUUGUGUGUUUAUUGCUUUAUUUCUACUACAUUGUUUCCAUCCAAAUGAGAUAUCAAUGGAAUAUGUUCUAAAUUGUCUUUGAAUAAGAACUAGAAAAAUGUGCUUA